CUCUCUUUCUUAUUUUAUGUUCUUUGAAUUCAUGCCUAUGCUAGCUAGGGUUUCACUUUUCGAUGGGAUCAUUCUACCAAACCUCAAUCUCAAUUCCAAUUUAUACAACUCGCCUUACUGCAUCAUCAAUUCAUUGGAAUGUGGAGGACCUUCAAACAAAUUUAAAUUUAGCAAGUUUCCUCCAGAAAGUUGUUCUUGUAAUGGAUAUAAUCUCUCAGUUACAAGAACAGGUUAAUUUGAUUGCACAUUUGGCUUUUAAUACUGUUGGGACAUUGCAAAGGGAUGCCCCUCCUAAUCGUCUGUCGCCAAAUUAUCCUGAACCACCUCCGCAUACUACAGAGGAUGGGACAAAUUUUUCAGAACAGCCAAAGCUGAUGAGUUCUGCCUUGGUGAAGGCGGCUAAGCAGUUUGAUGCAUUGGUUACAGCACUUCCCAUAUCUGAGGGAGGUGAAGAAGCACAAAUUAAGAGGAUUACAGAACUACAAGCUGAAAAUGAUGCAAUAGGCCAAGAACUUCAGAAGCAAUUGGAAGCUGCAGAGAAGGAAUUGAAUGAAGUUCAGGAGCUGUUUAGGCAAGCAUCAGAUAAUUGUUUGAACUUGAAGAAACCAGAUGACAAUUAGCUACUUGUGUUCCUGGGGUGUCAGAGAUGAAUUUGGCCACAAGUAUCUCAACUUGGCACAAAGCAGGGACUACUGCAGGAGGAUUUUCCUAUUCUCCAUGAAAUCUUGGUUACCUAAAGAAGCUGUAUUCAUUAGUAUGUUCUAACUUGUACAUGUUAAGUGAUAUUUUGCAGAAGUUGAUCAACGGUUGAGAUACUGGUAAUUGUUCCUGCUCUUGAAGUAAUAGGUUUAUUGUCAUUAAGUGUUUAUACUAACACCAUCUUUGUUCAUGUAGUCUCCAAAAAGUAAACACUUUAUAGUGGUGAUAGUUCUUUUUAAUGAAGCCCGGGUAAUUGUGUUUUAAGUAUCA